AAGACACUAAAGGAAUAGGCCCCGGUGCAUGGGACAGAGGACACUUGCUGAGCUUCCGUGGCCCUUCUCCCAGGGACUGAGGGGGAUCGGACCGUGUGCUUCUGAGGCAGGCCGGCCCCAGCUGCUGGGGCGCUGAUCUGGGGAACUGGAAACCUGGUCCAAAGAAAGGACCCCAGAGCCAGCCGGCUUCCCCCGGGGCUGCCGAACUCCCUGUCUUUUGUCCCUUUCACUCUCCAGUACCCCACCCAGUGCACCCUCCCCAGCCCCCAGGCCCCAGGCCCCAGCCCUCAGUCCCGUCUCUCUGGGACCUGGCUGCCUCAAGCAGGGCCCAGUGAGGGCAGAGAAGGGGAGGAGGACUCUUGCUCCCAGGCUCUUCCCCACGCUUCCACACAGGGCUGGGCAAGGUGAGCGGGGAGAGGCAGCAGGAGAGGGGAGCCAGCAUCCCCUCCCCCGCUUCUCUCCCUCCCCCUGGCGCAGUUUUAGUCCGGGAGGAGGAGAGUGAAAGUGAAAGAGAAGCGGCAGCUAGGCCGCGGAGGGAGCUGGGGUGGGACAGGGCCGAGCGGGGCCGCGGGUCUGUACAGGCAGACGGACCCACAGACAGACCGAAACCUGCAGAGACCCACAGCUCCACAGACUGUUAGACCGACUGGGCCUCCUCUCGGCCUCCUGCCUGCCAGGACCUCCCUGGAAUCCAUGGGUGGCCCGGGCCUGAGCGCCCUGCUCCUCUUCUGCUGGGCAGGGGCUACCUGGGCCGAGCUGGAUGAGUCUGGGAGGAUCCACCGAGGAGUCGAUUUGAUCCUGGACUGCAGCUUGGCCAAAGAUGAUGGGCAUCACUGGGGCCUCUCUGCCAGCAAGUUGAACAUGGCUCCGGCCACCCUGGUGCUGAAGCAAGUGCCGGUCCCCGAUGAUGGCAUGCUGGACGGCUUCACUGACUUCCCGGGGGUCUCCGAGGCCCAGGGAGACACCCCCAUUGCUUUUGAGGCCUCAGUGGACCAGGUGCAGCUUCCUCAUGCUGAGGUCUUGCUCCACGCCGCCUGCCAAGAAAAGGUGGUGACCUGUGAACUCUCUCACCUCCCUCAGACAGGACAGGAGGCCACUUCCCAGGGCGUGGCCUAUUUCAUCAGCAGCAUUCAGGUGUCUGGGGGAGAGUUCAGCGUCUCCAUGGUGAUAAAGACUCUUCCGGGGAAGGAGAAGGGGGCUCCUUUGCAUCCCCAGCUGAACCUGCCCCUGUCCCCCCAGGGCACAGUGCUGGCUUCAGUGGAGUUCCAGGUGAUGACCCAGACGCCAUCUGUGCAGCACUCCCUGGGAGCCUUCGCCUCCUUGCACUGUGGCUUCUCCGUGGCCCCUGGCUCUGGUCCUCUCCAAAUUGAAUGGCGAUGGCAGCACCAAGGCCAGGGCCGGAGGGUUUAUUCUUGGGAAGCAGGGAAGGGGCAGGCUCUUCGGGCUGGGGCCUGGAUGGCGUCCACGGAGCUGCUGGAGGCUGGGAACGCCUCCCUCGCCCUGCCAGACCUGACCUUGAGGGAUGAGGGAACCUACAUUUGCCAGAUCUCCACCCACCAACACCAAGCUCAGCAGAUCAUCCACCUCAGCAUCCUGGAGACCCCUAAAGUGCGGCUGAACUUGGUGAACGAGGCCUCGUCCCCCACCCUCUUCUGCUCCAUGACUGGCUACUACCCCUUGGAUGUGUCUGUGAGCUGGAGCCGGGAGGAACCAGGUGGCAGCCCCACCUCGGCCAAUGGCGCCUACUUCUCCAACCACCGGCAGAGCAGUGUAGGCACCUACAGCCUCUCCUCCUCUCUGCAGGUGGAGCCCAGCCCCAAGGGGGCCACCUACAGAUGCCAGGUGUCCCACGUCUCCCUGACAGAGCCCAUUGUUUUGGAGAUCUGGGUGGCUCCUCCAGAAAAAGGAGCAUCCAUGGGAUUCUUCAUUGCCACUGGCCUAUUCUUUCUUGCCCUCUUGUUCCUGGGCUUCUGGAGAUGCCAAGCCAUCCAUGUGAACCCCAAGAGUCAUGGACUCCAGAGCAUGAAUUGAUGACUGAAGCCACCUAGCCCAGCCCAAAUCUGAAGAGGUGCCCCCCACAACAGGUCCAGUCUUUGCUCAGAGACCUCCUUCCCAAGAGCCAGCAGCACCCUGAUGGGAUGGUGGGAAGUUCUUUCUCACACCAAGCUUAGAUUCGACUUCAGUUGUACCUGGUUCUGCCCCCCAGAUCCAUGCAGGGUGCUUCUACCUCACCCCUGGUGAUCCUCUAUAUACUUGAAGGCAGCUCUCACUCUGCUCCCCACUCCAAGUUAGCUUUCCAGGUGUUGGAUGGGCAAGGUCAAGCUAGAUGACAUCAUCUGGUCCUGGUAGACUACCAAGAAUGUCUGGGUUCUACACCCUCCAUCCCUUCAGAGACUCAGGUCUCACCUAGAGUCCUUCAGUAAAGACUUCAUUCCAUCCAUAUUGCCAAGUGGAUCCUUUUUCGGGUAGGGGUGAGAUUUGAUGGCCUCUGAACUCCCUUCCAAAUCUCUGAUCUUCACUUGGCAUCCUCUACAGGCUUUCCUCCAGCUGGCCACCCUCUUCUGGCUACUCUUCAGCUCCCAAUGGCCUUCCUAAAAUGUGGUGCCCACCAUGGCUCACAGUGCUGUGGGCCAGGUGUGACAAGGGAGGGCAGAGCCCAGCUGUGCUGAUAACUGCUCUGCUCUUAGCUAGUGUAGCCCAAGAUGGCGCUCCCAUUCUUUGGCCAUCAUUUCAGAUGGUUGACUCAUAUUGAGUUUUUAAUUCACUCAAAAGCUCAGAUUUUUUCAGAGAAAUAGCUAUUUCCCUCUUGUACUUGUGAAGUUUAUUUUUGGGGCUCAACUGUAAGACUGUCCUUCCAUGCUCAUUAGGUUUCAUUUGAUUAAUUUGGAGCAGGCACACUGCUAGGGUAUGUUCUCUGCAUCCUAUUAUCUGGUUCUUACAAAGAACUGAUAUGGGAAGGUUCUAGAAGAAGGGGCAGAGAAAAACCUCCAGAUGCCUGGAGAUUCUGAAAUUCAUCCUGAGACCUGCACUGCAGGGCCAAGAGAGAGGCCAGUGUUGAGGGGAGGGACAGAGAGGGCACCGAAUAUAGGUCAACUUCUGGAGUGUAAAGUACCAAGGACAGGGAGAGGGGGUGGAAUCAGAGCCUGGGGAGUGAAUGGGGAUGCAAGGGGGAAAUGACUGGAGCCCUCCUCUCACAAACUCAACUCAACCUCAAUAAAAAUGGCUGUUCUGUUCUCACUUUCUCAGUGUCACUGUCACUGGCCAUCUCAUCCAAAUCUUCAGAGGAAGGGGAUGAGGAACAAGCCCUUAUUCUUGCCUCCCUUAUUCUCAUUUUCUGAUCAUCGCAGCUGAAUUCCUCACUCAAAAGUGAAGGGUGGACCCCAGCUGACCUGCAAAUGGUUUAAGGUAAUAAGUUAUUGGAUAUGACAUCUCACAAUGAAGCCCAAGGGGGCACCAUAUCACAAUGUAGACACACAUUGAGCUUGCAGUCCACUAAAACUCCGGAUCUUUUUCAAAUUAAACCCUGUCUAUCAAUGCCUCCUCAUCUUAUAGUUGUGAAGUUGGACAUUUAAACCCAGUUAUAAGACUGUUCCUUUAUCAUCAUUAAUUAAGCUCUAAUGAGAGGUAGACCUGUAAAAGAGACUUAUUUUCCAUUCAAGAUGUGACACAAGAUUGGUUUCAUGAUGAAGAAUGAAAGACCCCAUAGUAGCACCAUAGGCCCUCCAUGCCACU